AUGACGUUUUUCCAUUUUGUGAAUUGUUGCGUAUUGGCAUUUGCUCCAUAUUUCGUUGUCUACAAGUAUUCCGUCUUAUCCGAAUACAGUUCGUUGUUCCAAUUCCUACAAGCUGGAGGUGUGUACUUCUUCACACAGUUUUGUAAAUUGUUAACGUAUGCUACGUUCUUUCCGGCACCCGACAAUUUCACUGCUUCUGGAGUAAGUUCUUUAAUUUUGUGUGUUUUCUUUGUUUAGGUGGUUGGUCAAGUUAAUAAAGUUUUUAUGGAGGUUACCUUAUUAAAAUUUGAGGUUUUCUAAAAGCUUCGUAAGAACCUGGUGAAUCUUUUGAUAUACAAUUCUUGGUAUUCGGAUUAAAAUGAAAUUUUUUAUGGCUAAAAUUCCGUAGUCUACAUCAGCUAAACAAUGGUUCAACUAAUUUUAUUUCUAACUUUUAACACCUUCAACCUUUUUCAGUUCCAACACUUCUUAUUGAACACUGGGGAUCUGUUUGACGUUGUUGGACUAUGGUUGGCGAUUAAUAUGGCCACAGGGCGUGGAGAGAUCAGAUUCUUGGUAUCUGGAUUCAGCUGGGCCUUCGCUCAUUCCGUAGCCUCACAUUUGUUGCCAUUGUUCAUUGGGGCUCGAAAAAUGGCCUUCUCCUGGGCUUAUAUUCAACGUGGAAUUGAAGCUAAUGCAGACAUGGCCUUUUAUGUUGGUUUAGCGACAUUUGUUUGGUUGAGCAAGAGAAACGACAAGAACAAUAUCUAUCGGAUUGCCAUGGCUUUUGUGUUGAUCGGAUGGGCUCGUGAAGGUGUUUUGUCGUAAGUUUUAAAGUUUUUCUAACUUUGCUUUGAGCAAUUUUGUUAUUCAUCUAUGAGUUUUAAAGUUACGACUAAAAUUCCAUAUUAUACUAGAUAUCAGCCCAAAUUUUGACGAAAAACUAAUUUUUUAAAUUCCAGGUUCCUCCAAAGCCAGUACAAUGUAGUUUCAUGGUCGCUGGUGAUCUCAAAAGUCGUUUAUUCUGUCGCUUAUGCCGCAUCAGCUUUGGUAGUCUACUCGAAUCUCGGUUACAGUACCGCCAAGUCACUUUAAUCUAGUUUAUUGUCUAUUUUGUUAUGAACUUGUUAAUUUUUACAAUUAAUUAAUAAAUAUUUUCUUUAAAAUUUUUUCUUCGUUAAAUAGUGUUUAUUUUUGUCCUAAAAAGACCAACCAGAAAAUUUUAUAUUAUCCAUAAACAAAUUUUACAAAAGCAUUUUGAAAUGAUGUUUAUGUGAAAUAAAAUAUCAAUAAUUAAAAAUUGUUCAAGAAACAAAACGGUAUUACAACUUUGAUAAACAAAAAUUAUUGAGAAAUACGUUUUCUUGAGUUAUGAACGUGAAAGGUCAUUAGAAAGAUGAAGUUUAUUUAGUUGACGGUCUAAUUACGUCUUUAAAGAAGGAAGUAAAUACCUUUCUUAACCUUUUUUCCUAAACAACUUUUUUUAAAAAGAUAAAAAAAAAGUAAAAAAAGUGUGAAAAGCUUGGCAAACUUGUUCUAUUCUAAUUCAUCAAAUUCGUGCUCAGAAUAGAUAUAGUACUAUCUAGUAAUAACAGUCAAAAGAUACGACGAUAAACAGUCUACUACAGUAAAAAAAUAAAUUUCAAAAAAUUCAAAAACUCGUGACUCACAAAACCUCAUCCCUUAUCCUUCCGAAAACCUCUUAAAACCGCUAAAACUAAGCAUAUUACCCUCUAUUCCGUCGUAUCUUCCGUACCCUGACUGUUCUUUGUCACUUUCCACCGUUCCACCCUCACAAUUGACGUCAUUGUUGAUUGAUGAAAGAUCGAACCUUCGACAAACCGUCAGGUAACGUGACAUACAAUACGUUUGGUUUGGGUAUAUAAACACCUUCUUUCCGGUGAUCAGACAUUGUCACAACUUGGUAUUGUAAUAACGCUAAAGGUAAGUAUUUUGGAAAUUAAAUUUUGGUUUUAUUUUGUAGAUAAGUAUAGUAAGACUUACUUUUUUCCUACCUUUUUCUUGCCCUUGUCUAACUAAAUUAUAACUACAGUAAAACUCCUGUAUAACGAAUCGCUCGAAGAUUUGAAAGUUGUUCGUUAUAAAGGAGUUUCGGUAUAGAGGAAUUUCAAAUGCACUGUGUAAUGAUAGACAGAGAUUUAAAAGUUGUUCGUUAUACAGUAUCUUCGUUCUAAAUAGAGGAGUUUGUUAUAAAAGAGUUCUACUGUAAUACAUUGAUAAGCUAUUAGAUAAACUACAGUAGAAAUUCCCUAUAACAAACUCCCGUGUAACGAACAACUUUUAAAUCCCCGUCUACCACUACACAGUGCAUUUAAAAAUCCUCUAUACCGAAACUUCUUUAUAACGAACAACUUUCAAAUCCCGGAGCGAUUAUUUAUACAGGAGUUUCGCUCUAAUAUCUUACAUGUUAGAAGAUAAUGUUAGAAGAGAAGUCUACAACCUCACAUAUCGAAAAGAAACCACUGUGGGAGGUUGUAGGCUUCUCUGUUAGUAGGCUAUGAGCUAAAUUAUUAAGAUUUACAUUAGAAGCAGUCUAUAACUUCCAAAACAUAGUUUGUGUACAGAAGAUAACAGAAUCUUUAGCACAAUAAUUAACUUCACAAAAAUUGUAUUUUAAAAAGGAAAAAAAGAGGAAGUUAUCGCAUUAUCGAUAGACAUAACAUGGCAAUUAAGUCUUAAUAACUGUCAUUUUAAUUCAGCUUAUAAUUUAUAUACACAAAGCCUUCUUUUCAUUUGUAACUUUUUGAUAACAGGUAUAGGUCUUUAAUGGACCUUGAAAAACAGUAUUAUUAAAAAUUUAAAAUACUGUUAUUAGAUAAACUCGCAAUUUUAUUUACCACUUGAUUAGAUGUUAUUCUUGUUGUCGCAAAAAUAUUUUUUAACCUUUGGGGCGGUAAUUUUCUUGUAACCAUGUUUUUUCCGGUCUUUAUAUUCCCUUGUUAUCAUAAAGAACGACGUAGUAUAGGGUUAAGGAAAGUAGGUUAAGGAAGUUUUUAACCUUAUACUACGUACUAAACGUUUUUUAUAAGUUUUAAGUAUAGUAUCGUACUAUAUGAUACUAUUAGACUAUCAGUUUUUUCAAAUAAUUCUGUGCCUCAAAACCAAAAUAAUUUUUCUUGAGAUGGGGCACAUAAUUAUUUGAGCAGCCUAAUAUAUUAUGGUAUAAUAUCGUACUGUACUACAAUUGUAUCUUAUAAGAAAACUUCAGAAAAGUUCCUUUUCUCUGAUCUAUCUGACAUAUACCUAUCUGCCAAUAUACUAAUAUUACCUUCACCUAUCUGCCAACACCUAAUAAUACCUUCAACUUUCAGAUAAUGAACCUAAACGUACUAGUGCUCCUAUUCGUCGCCCUAUCUUGCAUGUUCGUCGUCUCCGACGCCCGUUGGGGCAUCGGCCGCGGUUUCGGUCGCAUGGGAGGCUGGGGCCGUCGUGGCGGAGGCUUUGGGCGAGGAUUCGGCCGAAGAGGUAUGGGAUACGGUCGAGGCUUUGGUGGAUACGGCAGAAGAGGAUGGUACGGAUAA